CCAGAGCACAACCACCAGAAGACAACAGAAGGAAGCCUGUUUUGGGGAAACUUGGCACUCUAUUCACGUCAGGAAAGAAAAGGAGUAUCAGAAAUGGGUUAGAGAGCCCCACCAGCCCAAGUGUCAAAUCAGUCUCUCCCAAAGAUAUAACCUCUUCUAAACUCCCUGAAAGCGAGAGCGACAAGAGUAAGUCUCAGAGCAGCCAACCAAAGCAGACAGACAGGAGCGAGGAGGGAUCCUUUCAGGAGGCAGACAGCGAGCAUUCGCAGAGUUGUGUCCAGGCAGUCCCCUCUGAUGCCGAACCGUCACCUUGCUCAAGCAGCAGUGCAGCGGCUGUGCAGCAGUGCCAUGAAAGUGAUUCACCCCAAUUAGAACCUCUGCAGGUCGAGGGAGAGACUUUCCCAGAUGCCACCACCAAUGCCAAGCAGCCGCAUUCCACACCUGGGAAUUCCUCUAGGCAAGAGCACGCAGAGACGCUCUCCCGCAGUCUGGGGGCGGACCCUUUGCCUGGCACUGGAGGUGAACAGGAGACAGCCUCAGGUGCGAGGGGUGUGCCGGGGUCGCCCACCCGGGAGCAAUCCGCCGGAGGACUUGAGGAAGCCCCUAGAGUGGGUGCGCAAGAAAGUUCCCUGCUGCGCCUAGACACGCGCAUCCCGCCAGGUGAAGGCGCAUCUGCUCCGCCAGGUGACUGUCCUCCCGAGAGCACAGAGAAUAGGAGUAGCUCUGGGCAGGCCAGCGGCACAGCCGCGCGUGGCGAUCGCGCCCACCCCGCCAAAGUGUUGACUUUGGAUAUCUAUUUGAGUAAGACUGAGGUGUCGGAGGUGGAAGAACCUGUGGUGAUUACUCCCGGGGCCGAAGAUUGCGGCGAUUCUGAGGACAUGGAGAGGAGAUCGAGCGGUCGCAGAUCGGGCAGGCGGAGGAAAUCUCAGAAAUCCACCGACUCUCCUGGCGCAGACGCCACUCUGCCCGAGAGCGCGGCGAAAGACGACGCGGUGUUCGACGACGAGGUGGCGCUCCAUGCGGCCACCGAGAAUGUCUCUGCGGAAAAGAAAGUGAAAUCUCCGCGGGCGGCCCUCGACGGGGGCGUUGCCUCCGCUGCCGGCUCCGAGUCCAAGCCCAGCCCUGGCCCCAAAGGGCAGCUUCGAGGGGAGUCCGACCGGAGCAAACACCCACUCCCGGCUUCGUCCCCCACCAAGAGGAAGGGCAGGAGCCGCGUUCCGGAGGCUGUGCCCAGCCAGCCUGCCAGCGGCCCGCGGUCUCCUGCCAAGGAGUCCCCACCCAAGAGGGCGCCGGCGUCCGACCCCAGCUCGGUAGCCAAGAGCACCGCGGCCGACUGCGGGGAGGAGGCGGCCCGGGUCAUUCCUCGUGAGCUCACGGUCAAGAGCAGCUCCCUGCUGCCAGAGAUCAAGCCCGAGCACAAGAGGGGUCCGUUCCCCAACCACUUCGAUGGCCGGGCAGAGGGAGGCCGAAGCAAAGACCUGGGCAGAUCAUCCGGAGCUUCGGAAGCCGAAGGCUUAAAGCCCAGGAACCAUUUCGGUGUGGGCAGGUCGACGGUGACCACUAAAGUGACCCUCCCUGCCAAACCCAAACACGUGGAACUAAACCUGAAAACCCCGAAGAAUCCUGACAGUUUAGCAAAUGAACAUAACUCAUUUAGCCAGCCAGUUCAUAAGGGAAACACUGCUACCAAAAUCUCCUUAUUUGAAAACAAACGGGUGAACAGUAGUCCAAGACACACUGACAUUCGAGGCACACGGAACAUUCCCUCUAAUAAGACAUUUGUUGGGAGAGCAAAGCUGAAUUUAGCCAAAAAAGCCAAGGAAAUGGAGCAACCAGAAAAGAGAAUAAUGCCAAAUAGUCACCAUAAUGGUGUGGUGGUGAAGGAACCCUCUGUAGAAACCAAAGUCACUCUCCUUAAAGAAGGGAUUCUCUCAGCAGCCAGAGAAAUGGGAGGGGAGCCCACCGAAGGUCAAGCUCUUGGUCCCCAGUCUAACCAAGAUGACAAAGCAGAUGUGCAAACAGAUGCUGGCUGUUCUUCAGAACCAGUGGUUGCUGCUGUGACUCCUGUCAAGGACCCUAAGCUCUUAGGAGAGGACAACUCUGAGGCUGCUGAAAGCAAAAGACCUGGACUUGAAAAUAUGAUUGAUACAGCACAAGACACCCCCACCGUUCUUGAUGCCAAAGAUUCACUUCCAAAGCCCCAGGGUACAUUGCCUGACUCACAGCCCCAGGAUGAGUCAUUCAAGAAGCCUUCUCUUCCUCUGCCUGUGGAUGUUCCCAAAGACGAAUGUGCUCAAGCUCCCAUGAGCAAUUUUGCCUGCACUGAUCUAAAAGCAUCAGAAAACCAUAAUGGGUGUAUUUUGCCCCUGUCUCAUCACAGUGAGAAAAUUCCCCUGUCCAAACUUGGAGGAGGAGAAGGAAACCCUCCUUCUUCCCCAAAGCCCAGCCCAGAAGCUGUGGUAAAUGAAUGUCCAUCCAAGGUCCUUGUCCAGGUCAGAUCCUUCGUUCUUCCUGUGGAGAGCCCUCAGGAUGUGAGCUCCCAGAUCAUUUCAGAAAACUCUGAAGUUAAAGAAGUGCAGUUGCCAAGUUGUCACAAUAAUGAACUUGAAGUGGUUUCCGUUGCAAGUUGUGCUCCCCAGCAAGAGGAAGUCCUGGGCACAUCACCCAAACGCACUCAUGGCAAAGAGGAACAUGUGGCAAAAUCUGUCCCACACAUCACACCACCAGAGUGCGAGAAAGCUCUGCCUGUCCAGGCUGAAAGUCAGGGCAGCCAAAAACACCCAGUGGCUGAGUGUAGCCCCGUCAACUCUCCCACCAGCAGGAAUCAUUCAGAAACUCCUCCGAGGCCAGAUCAAAACAUGGUGAAUGGCAAGGACACCCCUACCAGUCUUUUGAAUGUUUCUGCUGGUAGUGAUGAUAGCGUAUUCGAUUCUUCCUCUGAUAUGGAAAAAUUCACGGAAAUUAUAAAAAAUAUGGACAGCACAAUUUGUGUGCCUCAGAAGAAAAAGAAGACCAGGAUGCCAAACUCCCCUGCCCCUCACUUCGCUAUGCCUCCUAUUCAUGAGGACAAUUUAGAAAAGGUGUUUGACCCUAACGUGUUCACCUUCGGUUUGGGGAAGAAGAAGGAAAGCCAGACAGAAAUGUCACCUGCUUUACAUUUGAUGCAGAACCUCGACCCCAAAUCCAAACUGAGACCCAAACGUGCAUCCACCGAGCAGAGUGUCCUCUUCAAGUCUUUGCACACUAACACUACUAAUGGAAAAAGUGAACUUCAGCCCACUUUAGAAAAAAAUGACAAAGAGAACAGGGACAUUACCAAUGGUGGAGUUAAGAGAUCAAGGUUAGAAAAGAGUGCGCUUUUCUCAAGCAUGUUAUCUUCUUUGCCACAAGACAAAGUCUUCUCUCCCUCUGUGACAUCAGUCAACAGUAUGACCACUUCUUUCAGCACUUCUCAGAACAGUUCUCUGUCUCGGUCUUCAGUGGUACAGCCCCUGAAGGAAGGUGCCCCGCCCUGUGGCUUAGACAAAGAGCAGCCAAGUCUUCCACCUCACCACUCCUUAAAGGUCUUCAAUUUCAACUCGGCAAAUGCAUCUCAUUCAGAUCUGAAGAGUCCAAGCCACAUGGAAAAACACCUGCCAAAAGAGGAAAACAAAGAAGACCUGAAUUCACGAAGCAAUCUACACUUGCCAGAAUCGAAAUUUUCAGAAUUUUCCAAACUGAAAAACAAUGAUGGUAUGGAAAAGGCUAAUCAUACUGAAAGUGUUCUUAAAUCCAACUUGCCAAACCAUGGAAACAGUGAUACCGACUUCAUGGGUCUUUUCAAAUCAAGCCUGUACGACCCAGGCAUUUCUUUUUCUGGAAUGCCAUUGUCAGAUGCCACGACACUGAGAGGAAGUAGUCAAAAUAAACUCAAUCCCCGACCUGGAAAGGUGGUGAUAUUCAGUGAGCCCUAUGUCUCGGAGAAGUGCAUUGAAGUUUUCAGGGAUAUUCAGGAUUGCAGUUCUUGGAGCCUCUCUCCAGUAGUACUCGUGAAAGUCGUUAGAGGAUGUUGGAUUUUGUAUGAGAAACCAAAUUUUGAAGGACAUUCCAUCCCCUUAGAAGAAGGUGAACUGGAACUUUCUGGUCUCUGGGGUAUAGAAGAUAUUUUGGAAAGAAAUGAGGAGGCAGAAUCUGAUAAACCUGUAGUGAUUGGUUCAAUCCGACAUGUGGUCCAGGAUUACAGAAUUAGUCAAAUUGACUUAUUUACUGAACCAGAGGGGUUAGGACUCCAGAAUUCCUACUUUGAUGACACGGAAGAAAUGCAGGGAUUUGGUGUCAUGCAGAAGACAUGUUCCAUUAAAGUGCAUUGGGGCACUUGGCUGAUUUAUGAAGAACCUGGAUUUCAAGGUGUCCCUUUCGUCUUGGAACCGGGCGAAUACCCUGACUUAUCCUUCUGGGAUACAGAGGAAGCCUACAUUGGAUCCAUGCGGCCUCUGAAAAUGGGUGGUCGUAAAGUUGAAUUCCCAACAGAUCCGAAGGUUAUUAUUUAUGAAAAGCCUUUCUUUGAAGGAAGAUGUAUGGAACUAGAAACAGACCUGUGUAGCAUUGUCACUGAUGAGACAGAAGUGACUGGAGAUGAUCACUUGCCCCUUACAUCAGUGGGGUCCAUGAAAGUUCUAAGAGGCAUUUGGGUUGCCUAUGAGAAGCCUGGAUUUGUGGGUCAUCAGUAUUUGCUAGAAGAAGGAGAAUACAAGGAUUGGAAAGACUGGGGAGGUUAUAAUGGAGAGCUUCAGUCCUUACGACCUAUAUUAGGGGAUUUUUCAAAUGCUCACAUGAUAAUGUACAGUGACAAAAACUUUGGAUCCAAAGGUUCCAGUAUUGAUGUAUUAGGAAUUGUUGCUAAUUUAAAGGAGACUGGAUAUGGAGUGAAGACACAGUCUAUUAAUGUACUGAGUGGAGUAUGGGUAGCCUAUGAAAAUCCUGACUUCACUGGAGAACAGUAUAUUCUGGAUAAAGGCUUUUACACCAGUUUUGAGGACUGGGGAGGCAAAAAUUGUAAGAUCUCUUCUGUCCAACCCAUAAGUUUGGAUUCUUUCACUGGCCCAAGGAGACGAAACCAGAUUCACUUGUUUUCAGAACCACAGUUUCAAGGUCAGAGUCAAAGAUUUGAAGAAACAACAGAUCACAUUGAUGAUUCAUUUUCUACCAAGUCCUGCCGAGUUUUAGGAGGCAGCUGGGUUGCAUACGAUGGAGAAAACUUCUCCGGCAAUCAGUAUGUGUUGGAAGAAGGCCACUAUCCUUGUCUCUCUGCAAUGGGAUGCCUGCCUGGAGCAACUUUCAAGUCUCUUCGUUUUAUAGAUGUGGAAUUUUCUGAACCAACAAUUAUUCUUUAUGAAAGAGAAAACUUCAAAGGAAAAAAGAUUGAACUUAAUGCAGAGACAGUUAAUCUCCAAUCCCUGGGAUUUAACACACAAAUACGCUCUGUUCAGGUUAUUGGUGGCAUAUGGAUUACUUAUGAAUAUGGAAAUUACAGAGGUCGACAGUUCCUCUUGUCACCAGCAGAAGUACCUAGUUGGUAUGAAUUCAGUGGCUGUCGCCAAAUAGGUUCUCUACGACCUUUUGUUCAGAAACGAAUUUGUUUCAGACUUCGAAACAAAGCAACAGGGUUAUUCAUGUCAACCAAUGGCAACUUAGAGGAUUUGAAGCUUCUUAGAAUACAGGUCAUGGAAGAUGUUGGUGCUGAUGAUCAGAUUUGGAUUUAUCAAGAAGGAUGCAUCAAAUGCAGGCAUGAUUUCAAUACCCUGCAACCAGACACACAGAUUUUUAUUUCCCUGAAGCCCCUGGUACUGCACCUUGGGGGUGCACAGUAUGAUCAGAAUCACAUUAUCCUCAACACAGCCAGCAAAGAGAAGUUAACACAAGUGUGGGAAGCCAUGGUUCUAUGAGCCAGAACAACGGAUACAGAGGGAACCUUUCUGGAGGUCUUUCCAGCUGCCUUAUUUAAGAAACACAAAGGACAAUACUGAUGGAGGAGCCAAGUGGAAAGUGGAUGGACUUCUUCCAUCUUGAAUGACACUGCCGUGGCUGGGAGAAUCAUCUCAUCUUUUCAAAAGACUGCAAUAAUUUUAAACCAAUACUUUGUCCUCCUUUCAUUUCUUGCCUUUCAUUUUCUCUCAGUAGCUACUUAAACAGGUUGCAUCACUAGCAGCUUUGGGGGUGUUUAAAGAUGUGAUAGGAAGACUUCAAGAUUAUGAAUGUUUAAAUUUAUUUCCAAAGAUUGUAAUGGAGAGAACAGGAUCAAGUUUACUUUGUGGACUUAAAAAUCCCUUCUACUUUAAAGGGAAGGAUAAAAGCCUAAGUUUGUAAGGUAGAAGAUUAUUGAGCAUCUGAGAAACAUGCUUUAUUAGGCCUGUACCUUUGGUCCUUGGCCUUAAUGUUUUCUGGAACCAUUAAUUAUGCUUGAUAAUAAAGAGCGAAAGCCUUAUGUGUUCAGAGACAUUAUAAGUAUAAACAAAUAUUAUUUUCUUUCAGUUAAUAUUUAAAAAUUAGUAAACUGAUUAACUUCAUGUCCAUGUCUGCUAACAUUUAUUAGCAGAAUUUGGAUUAUUCUAGGGGCUGCUCUAGAUAUCACAAGUGAAUGUUUAAUGCCUUUCCGAUAGCUGCUACUGGAACAGUAUUAUCAUGGCCUAAUUUAUUAACCUUACUGGUCUGCAAGUACUGAAGCCAUGUUCUAUAGAUUUUUGCUAAUCUAACUUCCAGGCACUACUGAGUGGGACAGGCUCAGGUCUGAAGGUACUGGGGGUACUGCAGCCCUAAUAUCACUUCCAUCUAGUAACAGAGAGGUGUGCAAAGCUGCAGGGAAUGAUCAGCACUCAUGUCCAGAAAGUAAAAGAGAAGAGACCCUGAAGGCUGCUGUUGGCCAUAGGUUACAGCUCUGAGCACCUGUGAAUGCCAUAAGCAAUUCAAAAAUGCAAAGGAAAUGUUUCCCUUGCUGCUCUGUUGGUUCUAGUUUUGAACUAAACUGCUAAAUGUUUCCUUGAAUACAUCCUUCCUCUUUUAUUUUUUUUUCCUGUCUUUGUUCCUGAAUACCGGUGCUCUUAUUACAAGUAGAACAAAUCUUUCCAUUUCAUCAGUUCAGGUGUUUCCAAUUCUGAAAUGUGAUCCUCCCUGAAGUAUGUAGGCAACUGUGGUCAUUAGAAUAAUUUACCUUCAGUUUUAAAAUAAUGUUUGCACAUGUACAACAGCUCCAAGAUGUCGGUCUCAUUCUUAGAUGUAGAGGUCUGAUUGAAGGCAUUUUGUGUAUAUCAUUACAGAAUGGUGGGGUAAGAUAUUCUAUAAUAACCUGUGCUGAAUUUAUCUCUCUGAAUAAACUUGUUUCUGGUUAACUAUA